GUUAAUGGGAUAUUUGUUGGGGGUGUGUGUGUUUGUAGUUAUUUCUAAUGGGGACGAGGUGAAGCCCAGAGGGGGAGGAGGGUGGAGUGUUGUUGACCACGGACUUUCCUGCUGGAACUGGUUCCCGUCAUAAAAGGUUGGUCUUUGAAGCCCGACUGAUUAAACAGAGAACGUCAAAGUUCUGAUGGUGGAACCAGGGACAAGAACGUCAACUUGAACCUUGAUGCAGUAACUCCUAAACUUCCACUGCUGUCACUCCUCUGUUGUACUGCAGGUACUCAUCAGUCAUCUUUGUAUACUGUGUACUGUAAGGUAGGUGGGGGGGGGGAGGAGAGCUCAUGUCUUCUUACAGAACCGUUCUCCUUCAGAUGGCGAACGCCAGCGCUCUGACCCCCCUCAUCCAGCCCAUCGUGUUUGAGUUGGAGGGCUUCUACGUUCCCCCCGGCUACGGCGCCCUGCUGUUCUUCCUGGUUCUGCUCAACUACGCUGUGGUGCUGUUUGGGAACGGUGUGGUGAUGUUGGUCACCAUCCUGGACCAAACCCUGCACAGACCCAUGUUUGUGAUGAUCUGUCACCUGGUGGUCUGUGACCUGCUGGGCUCCACGGCCGUGCUGCCCUGCCUGAUGGGGCAGUUUCUGAUGGGGCAGAAAAGAAUAGCCUACAUUGCCGGCAUCGCCCAGGGCUUUUGUGUUCACACGUACGGCGUGGCGGUGCAGACUCUUCUGGGGGCGAUGGCGUACGACAGGUACGUGGCCGUGUGCGAGCCCCUCAGGUACCACACCAUCAUGACCCCGGCCCGUCUGCACGCCUGCUGCACCGUUGCCUGGUCCACGGCCGUGGUCUGCAUCACUGUGCUCUUCGGCCUACACGCCAACACCCCACUGUGUGGAAACGUCAUCCAACAUGUGUACUGCACCAACCGUGGGAUCCUGAGCCUGGCCUGUAAAUCUACCCCAGCAAACAACAUCUAUGGUCUGUCCAUGAGCUGGUGCAUCAGCUCCGGGGUCUUUGUCAUCAUUGCUUUCACCUACAUAAAAAUCCUGCACAGCUCCAUCAAACACGGCAGAAGCGACUUCACGGUUCGGAGCAAGGCCUUCCAGACGUGUGCCACACACCUGGUGGUGUACGUGCUCUUUGAGAUAUCGUCCACUAUCAUCAUCUUGACCUACAGAUUCCCCUCCGCCUCUGCCAACAUCAAGAAGUUCCUGAGCAUCUUGUUCAUUGUUGUUCCACCGGCUCUUAAUCCCAUCAUCUACGGCCUGAUUAGCAGAGAGCUGCGCACUAGCAUCAUCAAAUACUUCAGCAGAAAACUAACGGUCAAGUAAACAGUACGUCAUUGAACCAGUUGUACCUUCAACCAGUGAAAAUAAAAACACGUAAUCUGUCUUGGUACUGGUGUCGUGUGCAGCUCCUGUCACAAACUCACUGCUAAUAAAGUCCGACAGUAAACGCUGGUCUUUUCAUGAUGCACCGAUGGUCCAGUAGAACUGACCGGUCCAGUUAUACACCGUUUGGACCGCCUGAAUCUGGACAUGAGGUCGGACACCUGUUCAAAGUGACUUCAGCCUCAGAAUGUGACUCGUUUGAUGACGUCGUCUGACUCUCAGAUAAAUCUUAGCUGUUGUUUCAUUACACAAUAACUCACAAAAAAAAAUCACAGAAAUCACAGUGUUCAAAUCAUCACAGCAGUUCGAAAUCUUUUAUUUAUGGCAUAAAAAGUGAAAAUAAAGUCAGUCAUUUUGGAGGAACACACACACACACACACACACUGAAAAGAUCCACUAAAUAAAAGUUAAUGAUCAAAUAAAAAUAAUCAAAUUAAUUAACGACGGACCUCCUAACACGUCCUCCUACUGUAAGGACAGCAGAGUCGACCGCUGCUCCACAGGGUUCACCACCCUAAUCAGCAGGGGCGGUGCAUUUAAUGACCGUACGAUAAAUUAAGGUUUUUCUUCGGUGGUGUUUAAUGAAGUGUUGUGUUUGAACCAUAUAUUUAGAACUCAAACCACGAAGCGCCAGAAGUCGCAUUAAUGGUCAGGAGGAUUUCAUGUAUGAAUCGUAUUGAACAUAAUUUUAAUAACUAUUUUAAUACUUCAGAAACUUAUUAUAAUAUUAAAUUAUUGGUCUGGUUUAAAACUUCAGUUGUAUUCAGAGAAAAAACUAAUUGUAUGGCUCUCACAGAAAUACAUUUGAAAAUAUCUCUGCUGAAAAGGUUCUCGACCCCUGACGUAGAUGUUCAUAUGUUCAGAGUCUUCUUCGUGUCUUUGGCGCCACCUACCCCCAGUCUGUGGUUCCAAACAUUAGUGACACCACCAAACUCUGGCCUGUGUCACGGGGGGUGUACGUUGUCUCCACUCCAUAGGUCUGACAUGAAGGUGUGCGUCUCAGGUUUCAUCAGAACCU